AUCAUCACCUGUUUCUUGUUCUAGUAAUUGGCGUGGAGAGAGUAUAAAACGCCAGGAGAGAUGGAAGCAACCGAGAGAGAGACGGACUGCUGACGCGAGCCGGAAACAGAAACCGGAAAGAGUGAAACGGAAGUAGUGUUGAAGUGUCAGAAUAAGAGUCACCGUUUGGGUGUUUGUACUUUUUAGUUAUUUUUGUUUAUAAUAAAUCUGUCAGCAGUCCAGCCGACCCCUUUGUCCUCUUCCUUCCAUCCCACGAACUUUGCUACACUGGUGCUGAAACCCGGGAGGAAGUAGGACCGUCGCCGCCGCCAUGCAAAGUCCGGCUGCCACACCGCUUGCGGACAUCAUCGCCUCCUUCGCAGUCCUUCACCGCAAACAACACCAGGCCCUGCUGGAACUGAGGACUGAUCAGAAGAGGCUUUCCAGGCCAUUGUCCAGGCCCAGCAGGAGGACCGCGAGAGGUUCCGGAGCUGGCUCGAUCGGGAGGUUCGCGCCGAGGCCGAUGGGCCGCCCCGCCGAGCCCAUGCAUCUACCGCUGCACAAGAUGGGGCCCCAGGACGAUCCGGGGGCCUUCCUGGAGCUAUUCGAGAAGUCAGCGGAGGCCUGCAGUUGGCCCCGAGAGCAGUGGCCGGUGCGCCUCAUUCCCCUGCUUUCCGGAGAGGCACAGGUGGCUGCCCAACAACUUCUGGUGGAGAACCUCAUGGUCUUCGAUGACCUAAAGAGGGCCGUCAUACAGCGGGUCGGCCGGUUGACCGAACAACACCGCCAGCGGUUCCGGUCCCUGGACUUGGGCGAAGCCGGUCGACCCUUCGCGAUGGCCCAACAGCUCCGGGACUCCUGCCGCAAGUGGCUACUAGCCGAGGGAAGUGAUGUGGAGCAUGUCGUCGACCUGGUGGUGCUGGAGCAUUUCAUCGCUCUGCUUCCCAAAAAGACGGCCGAGUGGGUCCAGUGCCACCGCCCCACGUCGCCAUCCACCUGGCGGAGGACCACAUGGUGGCGUGCCCAGGGGUCGGCACACCCCCACUUACUAACUCUCUCUCUCCUUCUCUCUCUCCCCCCUCUCUCUCUCGCCCUGUCCCUCUCCCUAGGUCCCGUCCACCCGGCCCUCCUCGUGUCCCGCCCUGGGUCUGACCAAGGCCAUUUCGCGAGUCCCAGGGCCCCGCCCUUUGUGGCUGCCGGAGGGGACAGUGCUUCCGUUUCUCCGCUCUCUCCGCGCCAAUUCUCCAAUCCACUCCCUGCCACUGGGGCGGCGGGUAGGUCUGGGCUGGCCUGUUGGCGUUGCGGGGACCCGGAGCAUUUCGUGGACAGGUGUCCAGUGAUGGAGGUGGGGACGAUGAUCUGGGUCCCGGACGUCCCACAGGUCACCCCUGGUCAGGCUGGCGAGUACCAAAUACCAACAGACGCGUCGGACAGGGGGCUGGGGGCAUUCCUGUCCCAGGACAUAGAAGGGGAGGAACGGCCGGUGCUGUACAUUAGCCGGAAGCUCUCGAAGAGAGAGGCUAACUACAGCACCAUCGAGAAAGAGUGCCUUGCCAUCAGAUGGGCCAUCCUCACCCUCCGCUAUUAUCUCCUGGGAUGGGAGUUCACCCUCUGUUCAGACCACGCUCCGCUGCAGUGGCUCCACCUAAUGAAGGAUACCAACGCGCGGAUCACUUGUUGGUAUCUAGCUCUUCAGCCUUUUAAGUUCAAGGUGAUCCACAGGCCGGGUGUUCAGAUGGCGGUGGCCGACUUCCUCUCCAGAAAUGGUCUGCAGUCUGCAGCGGGAGAGAGAAUCAGGAGACGAGUGGUAAGUGAGUGGUUUGGGCAAAAAUUAUCAUCACCUGUUUCUUGUUCUAGUAAUUGGCGUGGAGAGAGUAUAAAACGCCAGGAGAGACGGAAGCAACCGAGAGAGAGACGGACUGCUGACGCGAGCUGGAAACAGAAACCAGAAAGAGUGAAACGGAAGUAG